AUGAGGCUGUUUGAAUUCUGCCAACAAACUUUCUUCACUUUUGCGGGAGAGACCUAUGAACAAAUCAAGGGAACCCCAAUGGGCUCACCGGUCUCCGGUUUGGUGGCAGAACUGGUCCUACAGGAGUUGGAAAAGAUUGCCUUCCUCCAACAUGAACCGGUGUUCUGGCGACGUUACGUUGACGACACGUUCGUCAUCGUAAAGAAGGACAUGCUGCAACAUUUUCCCAGCCUGCUUAACGCAGUCUUCCCGGAUAUAAAAUUCACGAGAGAAGAAGAACAGGAGCAGCAGUUGCCCUUCCUGGAUGUGCUCGUCAGACGAAACCUUAACGGUGAACUUGAAAGGACGGUUUAUAGGAAGGCAACGAACACCACACAGCUUCUCAGUUUUCACAGUAACCAUCCGGUAGCUCACAAACGAAGCUGUGUGAAGACGCUCUUCAAACGGAUCCAAACUCAUUGCAGCAAACUGGAAGAUAGAGCGCGUGAGGCCCGUUAUCUCCGCGACCAGUUUGUGCAAAAUGGCUAUCCGAGGGCAUUCAUAAGUCGCUGCCUACGCGGUCGCCACCAGAGAACUCAAACAUCAACGCCACCGACGAUAUGGCAUUCUCUGCCAUACAUCAAGGGUGUUUCAGAAGCGACCGAGCGCAUUGCUGCGGAGCUAGGGGUUGGAAUCGCACACCGCCCCAAAGCCACCAUGCGCAACAGGGUCAUGAAGAUCAAAGACCAGUUAAAACCCGAAGAGCAAUCUGGAGUAGUGUAUCGCAUUCCGUGUCAAAAUUGUCCGUGUAAUUACACAGGACAGACUGGACGCAUGCUCGGAUCCCGCAUACAUGAACAUAAGCUGGCUGUGCGGCGAGGCGACGCAUUGUCACAAGUGGCCGCCCACACCUACGAAAUGGGUCACGAGUUUGACUUCGCAGCCACCAAAAUAGUUGCCCACGCCGGAAACAAAACAGGCCGAGAAUUGAUUGAAGCCUGGGCCUCGGAUGAGAACUCGGUCAAUCGAUUUAUCGAUCUGGCGCCGGCGUACAGAGCCCUUCGUAGUCACCUCCAGUCGUGCGACGUCGGUCGAUGA